UUCGAAAUAAGAGUUGAGGAAGAGGAUUCGGUGGGAAGCAAGCGAGUUCUAAAUUCUGUCUGAAGAACAAUUUCAAAGGCUUUUUCCUUCCCUCUCUACUCACUCAGUUUUUACUUUCCCUUUCCCUUUUCCUGUACUGGAUUUGCUUUUUUCAAGGUGUUUUUUUCUGUGUUUCUGAUGUCGUCGGCACCGUCUUCGAGUCAACCGGAGUUUGAUUACUUGUUUAAGUUGCUGUUGAUUGGGGACUCUGGAGUUGGGAAGAGUACGCUUCUUUUGCGAUUCACUUCUGAUUCAUUUGAGGAACUUUCUCCAACUAUUGGUGUGGAUUUCAAGAUUAAGCAUGUUACAGUUGGGGGAAAGAAGUUGAAGCUUGCAAUAUGGGACACAGCUGGGCAGGAGAGGUUUCGAACAUUAACAGGUUCAUAUUACAGAGGCGCUCAAGGAAUCAUUAUGGUGUAUGAUGUGACCCGCCGCGAGACAUUCACAAAUCUCUCUGACAUAUGGGCUAAAGAAAUUGACCUGUACUCAACAAAUCAGGAUUGCAUCAAGAUGCUUGUUGGAAACAAAGUGGAUAAGGAAAGUGAAAGGGUAGUCAGUAAAAAAGAGGGAAUCGACUUUGCUCGAGAAUAUGGAUGCCUAUUUCUUGAAUGUAGCGCAAAAACUCGAGUCAAUGUGGAACAAUGCUUUGAUGAGCUUGUGUUAAAGAUUUUGGACACGCCCAGUCUUUUGGCUGAUGGCUCAACAGGUUUGAAAAAGAACAUCUUCAAAGAGAAACCUCCUCAAGAGAAUGCAUCACCUGGUGGCUGCUGCUCGUAUUGAUUUUAUGUCGAGGACUCCAGGAGCAUCCUCAUUUGGUUUUAGGAUACUCGUUAUGCUGUUAUUCCAUUUUAGCACACCCUUGAAGUAAAAAGGUUUAUGUUCUUCAAUCUUCCUUUUAUGGAUUAUGAGUUCGUUGAGCUAGAAUAUCUGCCAGAGUUAUUUGCUCGUCUUCUUUUAGCCUUUGUUACUAGGUUGACAAUUUAUUGAUUUACCAUGAACUUGCAACUUCACAGAUGGAAAAGGAUCCAAAACUUGGGAAUCCUAUCAAUACUUCGGUUUCGAGACUGGGUUCUCUUAA